AUGUCUGACGAAUUCCCUCUUUUGGCUCCUCUUCCACCACUUGCCCUUCACCCAUCGCUCAAGCCGGAACAACUCGAUGCGGCCACAAUUACGGGUGGUUGGCUUUCAUCUCUCGCGGAAAGCUUACAGAAGGGUCAACCCGAAGAGGCACUGGACCACUUUUUAGACAAGGAGUCGUGGUGGAGAGAUUUCAUAUCUCUUUCGUGGGAUAUCACAAGUUUGAAUGGGGCCGAGGCUAUAAGCAACUACAUUUGCAACUCGGAGGCUGGGCUUACGGAGCUCAAAGCUGACCAACCUGGUGCAUUGCAGCCGCACUUGGAAGACUUGGGAGGACUCAAGUUCAUACAGUCUGGAUUUAGCUUUAAAAGCAAGUUCGGCGAUGGACGAGGUAUUGUGAGGCUGGCGAAUGUUGAGCCGGAUCAAUGGAAGGCAUGGACUGUAUUCACUAUGCUUGAACAUUUGGUUGAUGAGGGAACGGCGAAGACGGAGGAGACGGAGGAGGUUGAUGGAACUUCUGGUGCUUCUAACCAUGAAGCUUCAACACCAGACAUUCACAGUGACGCUUUGCAAGUCUUGAUAAUUGGAGCAGGUCAAUCUGGCCUCGCACUUGCCGCCCAUCUGCAAGAACUUGGUCUCAGAUAUCUGGUUGUGGACAAAGCAGAGCGACCUGGAGACUCAUGGCGAGCCAGAUAUGAUACAGUGAAAUUGCACACACCUCUGUUCGGUGACCACUACCCGUUCCUGAAAUAUCCUACCAACUGGCCCCGCUAUCUCGAUCAAGAGCAUGUCAUAAAAUGGAUGGAGCACUAUGGGCAGAUCAUGGGUCUCAACAUAAAGCACAGCACCCUUGCAACAAACGUUGUAUACAAUGAAUCUCAGCAACGGUACUCAGUCGAGCUGGUGAGAAAGGACGGUGUACAAGCCAUCAACCCCAAGCAUGUGGUACUUGCGACGGGUUUAUUUAGCGAUAUUCCAAUUCGUCCUAAUUUCCCGGGCGAGGAAUCGUUUAAGGAAAAAAAGAUCACAAUCAUUGGAUCUGGGACGAGCGCUCACGACAUUGCCCAGAACUUCGUCAACCAUGGAGCCGAGAAUGUGACGAUGGUGCAACGUGGCAAGAUAUUUGUCGUCUCUCGAGAUUCUCUAGAAGACUUUGCGCUACCACUGUGGAAAACUCCUGGGUUGAGCACCGAAGAUGCUGACCUUUUGGGAAACUCACUGUCAAUCCCCGUUGUGCGCACCCUCAGCGUUGGAGGGUCUCAGAUGAUGUCAAUGAAAGACAAAGUCAUGUUGGAUGGGCUCGAAAAGGCUGGAUUGGUAGUGAAGCGAGGAGAUGGUGGGGAUAGUAUAAUAGAUCAUCAGAUCUUCAAGACAGGUCAUUUUUACAUUGACCAAGGAGCCUGUCAGAUGAUUAUCGACGGUCAGAUCAAAGUGCAGAGAUGCGAGUCGGGUGUCCAAGAAUACUACCCCGAUGGGAUCGUCCUGGGUGAUGACACGAAGAUCGAGUCUGACAUGAUCAUUCUAGCCACGGGUUUCGAGCUCUGUACUAAGAUAGUUGAGCGUAUCAUGGGGCCCGAAGUUCGGGACAAGGUAGGGGAUAUUUGCGGUUUGAAUGAGAGUCAAGAACGCAAUGGUGCAAAAUAUGAUCAGCGAGGUUCGAUUGACGACAAAGCUUAA